AGGCGGAUUAUAAAGGAAGUCUGCCGCUUUGUUACUUUCCCAUGCGCUUUGAAAGUAUCGGCGCUUAUGGACGCCCACCAGAUUUUUUUUGUUCGUUCUCUCAUUCUUUUGAUUAUGCACUUGAGAAGAGAUCUGAGUCGCUCUUCGCUGUUAUCCACGAGAGGAGACCUUUUUUUCAUAUGUGACAGUAUUAUUAGUUAAAACAGGGCAAAGGUGAAAAUACGGACAACUCAGUUCAGCUGAUGUAAUAUUGCUGCAGCGGGCUUUCUACCCCUCAAAACACGACAUAGCAGUUUUUUCUGACACGUUACCAUUCGCGUUUGAUGUAGAGCAGUUGUUCGCUUUUGCUGACCUCACUGCACAAGGGAAGUAGGAAAUGCUUUUCGUCGCAUCUCUUCUUGUCUAUUGACACGGGUGCAGUUGAACAGUAGCGUGUCAGUAUCCAAGUGUAGUGGCGUUCGUUGUAUAUGCUAUGUAUGUUCCAUUUCUCUUUUUACCCUUCUACCCCAUUUUCUUUAUUUUUUGCUCGAAUGUUGGGCCAUAAACUACACUUUUGACUAUGAUGUGUCUUGUAGAUUCUCCAAAACACGAAAAGCUGUUCUGCAGCUAGUUUCUCCUUAUCUUUAUACAUAUAUAUUUCCUCUACAAAUUUUACGCUCUUUCUUCACGAAAUCAUGUCGGCUAUUCAGAAGGUCGCUAUGGUCACCGGCGGCAACCGCGGUAUCGGCUUUGCCACCGCGCGCCGGCUCGGUGAGCUGGGCUUCAAGGUACUCCUCUGCGCGCGUGACGAAAAGCGCGGUGAGGAGGCGGUGAGCACGCUGCGCGGCGAUAAGCUCGAUGUCGACUUGUUGCUGAUAACACCCACAGAGGACGCAUCGGUGGCGGACGCGUUCAAGAGGGUGGAGUCGAGCUACAAGCGCCUCGACGUCUUGGUCAACAACGCUGCAAUCAUGGAUUUUGACAACAAGGUGUAUCCACUGGACAUGAAGCGCAUGCGCGAGGAGUUCGAGAUCAACUUCUUCGCGACGGUCAACAUUACCAACACGUUCCUCCCCCUGAUGCUGUCGUCGUCCGAUGCGCCACGCAUUGUCUUUGUCUCGACCCCGCUGGGAACGCACGAGACGGUGGAGCGCCCGCAGAACAAGUACGCCCAUCCCCACUUCGCCCCGUACAAGUGCAGCAAGACGGCGGUGAACAUGUACGCGCAUAACCUCGCGAAGUACCUGCAGGACUACUCUGCUGAGGCGGGUGGCAGCGCUGCUGCGGCCAAGGUGAACUGCGCCUACCCUGGCUACGUGCAGACGGAGAUGUGCUUCAACACGAAAGAAGCACACCUGACGCCGUACGAGGGUGCUGAGACGAGCGUGUUCCUCGCCACUCUUCCCGCUGACGGACCGACUGGUGGCUUCUACCACAAGGAUAAGAAGCUCCCUUGGUAA